UUUGUUCAAUUUUAACCCUUUGCUGGUUCGUUUAAAGAUGGCGACUAAAAGUGCAACAAAGAUACAUUUUUUGAUGUUGUUACUGUUAUUCUGUCAUCUUAAAGAGCUAAAAAGUCAAUCCUCUCCUGUUGAUGAUGUCAGCUCUUAUUUACAGCAUAUCUUCAAUGAAGCUACCAACUUUGAGGAAUUGAAUAAAAAUUAUUAUCGAAUGAUGUCACAGUAUAAUGUCACUAAAUUGAAUAUAAGCGCGCUAGUGGAAAGUAUGUCUGAAUCACUCAGUGAAAAGGUUGACAUAACUGUUGAAGCUUUGCAAAACACAACAGAAUAUGCUGAAAAGUUAUACCGUGCACACUCAGACAGUGGCUGUUGCUCUAAACAAUGCACUAGAAGAUCAUGUGAUCCAAGCCUCUGUAAUUUAUCAUAUUACAGAAGAGCUUUUAACAAAGCUGAGAAUAACCCACCACCACUUACAUUCCUUUCUUAUUUUCAAAACCCUGUCAAUGUGAACACUACUUCUAUACACAUUCCCGUUUACGUUUAUGACAAAGACCCUGAUGUACUUUGUUUCAUCGAGUGGUCACAAAACUUAAUCGACCGGUUUAAAGAGGUCUUGAAUAUGCUGACUAGUGAUCAUGAUAUCCGUGUGACUAGUCAAUACCUUGGGAGUGUUACUGGUGUUUAUAGAUCCUUUCCAUUUUAUGAUUUCUUACCGUUUGGAAGUCCUGAAAAUUGUCCUUUUGAAAGAGUUGAUACUUAUGAUGUACGACAGAGGCCCUGGUAUAUAGAGACUAUACCUGGCGACAAAGCUUUUGUUAUUCUGAUCGAUUCAAGUGGCAGCAUGCUUGGAACCAAAUUCCAACUAGCCCGGCUAAUUGCCCGGGAAGUGAUAGAUGUCCUUUCCAUUGAUGAUUUCUUCAUGGUCCUAAGAGUAGGGAGUAUCAAUGAUGGAGAGUUUUAUCAUCACUAUGGCAAUUGUUUUAAUGAUUUUUUUGUUCAAGCAAUGGAAGAGAAUAAAGUCAUCAUUCAGUCAUUUAUAGCUGAUGAUAAUAGGCCCAGUGGUACUGCUGAUUUUAAUAGCGCUAUUGAAUAUGCUGUAAUGAAAUUAGAAAACAUUACUGCCUGUCAUAAAGGGAUACUCAUUAUCUCUGAUGGAGAUGCUGUGUUUCCUGAAGAAAGGAUUGGUAAAGGGAUUAGAGUUUAUUCUUUUCAAGUCUCAGUGAUUAAUGAGAGGUCAAAAGAAAUGGAGACACUUGCAUGCAAUGAUGGAGGUUUUUUAUGUCUAGUGAAUAAUUACGACAAGAUCUUAUCAUGUGUCCGGGCCCUUACCGAUCAUUAUCAUACUAAUUCAAAUAGGACUAUUGUCUCCAAUCACAGAUACAUUGAUCUUUUUACUAAAAGAACCAUAAGCACGUUCAGUCUACCAGUGAAGCUGCUGAAGACCAGUAAUGACAAGACUGAGGGGGAAAGCACUAGCAAUAGUAGACAUAGCCAUAGCUUUGUUGGUGUAAUGGGCAUUGAUGUAUUAUCAUUUGGAUCUGACCUAUUGACUCUUGGAAGACUGUUGGGCCCAUUUGGGUCUGCAUUUCUAGUUGAUAAUAAUGGCUACACUGUUUAUCACCCUCUCUUGGAACAAUCCUCUUCUGUCAGAGGUGAUCUCGAUAAUCGUGAUAUAACACAAUUUGAGUUUGGGGUCAGCGAAUCCGAUAAAGACAAAAUAGAAGAAUUGAGGAACGACAUGAUUAAUAGGGACACUGGAGAAAUGAACGUAUCGGCUUAUGUCAGCAUGGAAUAUCAGAAACGAUACAUCGUCAAAGACAUGAGCUACUAUUACUCUCCAAUGGAAAACUCUUACGUUACAUUGAGUCUUGGUAUAAAAGUUCCAUCUGAAGGAUUAGCUAAGCUCCUUUUUUCUUCCUGUCCUCUCUCUGCCGAUCAAUUAACUGAAUUAUCAGAAUUUGUUAAUUCAGAAGAGGCCCAAUCUGAAACCAUAUUACUAAUCGGAUAUAAGCCUUAUUGUCUUGAUGUAUACAAUUACAAUUAUCUUAAUACCAGUAGUGUAUUGCAGCUCCUUGAGAGACUCAUUGAUCUUGAGCUGUGCAAGACGAAACUCAAUGCCUCAAUCAGUUCAGAAUCAUGUGUUGAGUCACUCUACAUCCCACUACUGGUUGAUCUCUACUUUGCAUACAAGAAUAAACACUUACUAAACAAUGGAACUGCCACUGAAAAAAUAUUGAGUACUUUUGUUCAGUUCAGCUCCGGUCUCUUAUGGUGUUGGCCUGCCUCUAGUGAAUUUGAUUGCUUUAAUAUUUCCACUGUCAAUUAUAUUGGACUAGCUCAGCAUAAUGGAGAUAUUCUGUCUGUGUAUAGAAUUGAUAAUCCGGUGAAUGUGGUCAUUGUACGCCCACUCUCACUGCCUCCAGAAGAAGGCGGAGCUAGCGCUAUCCUUGGAGGCGUGGCAGGAAUAAUACUACCGGAAAUAACUCUUCCACACAACAACUCUUACUACCUCCUGGACGAUGGAGGGUAUAUUGUAGGUCUCUUUGGAGCAGAUCCUUUCGAUUUAAAUGAGACGUCAUCAAUUCGCCACUUGCCCCCGUGUUUAUACGAGGCUCUUAUUAGCGAUGGGUUUUAUGUGCCCCGUAAUGUCACUGGGUAUUACGUAAGACCUUGCAGUCCAUCAGUUUAUAGUCGCAGUUCUUCUGCUACUAUGACUUGCUCUUCUUCUAAACCCUCUCAGCCCUCCCCUUCAAAUUGUCCUGCUAUUGCUCUCUGUCAGUCAUGCGUCUCAUUCCAUUUGUCCAACUACAGUAUCAGAGAGGAUGCAGGUGGCUCUCUACUAGCUGAGAGUAACGGCUCCUCUAGUACAUCAACAAAAACAGGAACUGAUGGAUCUGUUUACACUAAUACAACUGGACAAAUAGUGAUGACAUGCGCUGGCGCCUUUGAAAUGAGACCGUGA